CGAACUCCUACCAACACUUGUCUUCUUCCCCCUUUUUUUCAUCAUUUCACACACACUCGCCAUUGCUACUGUGUGUGAACAGAAAAGCGCCUGCUAUGGAAUUUCUUCAUGUUUUAAAUGUUGGCUAGUGCACGAUUAUCGUCUUCAAUGAUUUGAGCUGGUUUGGAGCUACUACAGAAUGGAUAAUCAGUGGCAGCCGACCAAAUGUGGUUCGACCUGCCAGUCAUCGGCGGACCCCGCUGUGGUGGCUCCGUCUCCGGUCUCUCAAGUUCAGUCACAUGAUUCUUCUAGAAAUUCGAUGAUGAAUCCAAAUCAUUACUAUUAUCCACAUACUGUUCAAGAACCAUGUUCAUCAACCCGUAAAAUGAUGGCUGAUCCCUUGUUCCAAGCUACCAAUAUCAAUUUGUACAACUCAAGCCUCUCAGUGAUGGGCUCCUCAUUUUUUACCCUCCUUUCUGGACCACCUGCAUCUUUCUCCAAAUAUGAUUCUCAACAUGUAUUGAGCUCAAAGCCAUCCAAUACAUCAAGUAAAGUUCAAGUCCACAAUAGCAGCUCUAUUGUUGGUCCCACAGAAUGUGAACCUUCAUUUGAUAACCGCUACCUGAAGUCCAAAGUUGAUGCCUCUCCAGUUGUUCCAGUCAGAGCUUUAGCAAGUGAUGGUGGAAACACUGCUUGUUUGCAUGAUAUGGUGCAGGUUAGAAAAGCAAGUGAUCCAAACUUAGAGCCUGCAAAGGUAGCUAAUUAUCACACAUCUCAUGGCAUUGAACAAUUGAAUGGCCUUUCUUCUCUGAAAGCUGCACCAACUUGUGGUUUACCACGUGUGUUUUGUCUGUAUGCAAGUGGUGAUCUGUUUCUCAGUAGCAAUGGACUCCUAGGAGUUGUUUGUGCAUGCCAUGGCAUUCGUAUGUCAAUCUCCAAGUUUUCAGAGCAUUCAGGUUUGCAAGAUGUUAAUCCUGGAGAUGCUGUCCAUACAGACAGUGGUGAGACCAUAGCUCAGUGGCGAAAGUUCUACUUCAGUAAAUUUGGGAUUAGGAUACCUGAAGACCCCCAUGGAUGGCACUGGCCUCAAGGAUUCUCUGCAACUCCUGAUUUGGUAAAGAAGAGUGAGAGGGUACCCAACAUGUCAAGAACUUGUGAUCUCUCCAAAUCUCCUAGACCAUUGAACAACAUGGUAUUCCCAGAUAAACAUCAUUCAAGCCAGAAUUUGGUUAAUGAGAUACUAUGUCAUGAAGUUCAGAGGGACACCCAUGAUAAUCAUGAUGGCUUCACCAAAACAUCUCAGAGCAAUGUACAGAGUGGGGCAGCUAACAAGAUUAUGGAGCAGCUUGUGUCCGGUUGUUUGUCAAUGUCAAAGUUUGCAGGUGGCCUAGAUAAUGCAUUUCAAUCCUGUCCUACACACAUUGAUCCAAUCUAUAAGACCAAAGAUUCAUUCACCUACCAAAAUAGUCUGCAAAAUAGAAGAAGCCUUGGUAAAGAUUCUGAUAAAUUCAACAAUUUAAGGGAUGUGGAUAAAAUGGUAAAAGCUACAGCUUCUUCAAAUAUUGAGUUGAGACUAGGACAGCCAUCUCAACAAUCAAAUGCACCUGGUUUUCAUGCUCCCCAUGUUAGCAGAGUUGACCAUCCCUUGGAGCUAGUUUCCUCUCAGCCGAAACUUUAUAAUGCAGGGAGUAACAGAAUUACUGAAGAAAGCAAGCAAGUUGUUGAUUGUGCUGCUCAAGCAGCUAAAUCCAGUUUAACUGAAGGACAAAAUAGGAUGAAGUUUUCGAAUCUCGGGUUUGGAGCCUUUAGCACAAGAACGAGUCUUCAACCUGAGCAAGAGGCUACUAGAGUAAUGAAUCCACAUACACCUUUAUCGAGGCAAAAAAGUUUGAAAUAUAUGAACCAUGGUGAUGUUUCAUCUUCCUAUGGAUUUGGGAAGGACCAAAUUGUACCAGGUAACUCUUUAAAUGGAAAUUUAAGGAGUUCAAUGACUCUUCCAUCAAAAUUAACUGGAAGAGAUGGAUACAAACAAGCAAGUAAAUAUAAUCUUCCGGAACAUGCAACGAAAUCUGUUCAUUAUGGAACUACUUCAUGGACUGCUGACAAAUCAGCUGUGAUUUCAUCAUUUCAAAUAAGAGACAGAGACACUGGAGUGCAUAAUAGCAACCACCUUUGCAAUCCUGAUCAAACUGGGCCUUCACUGCCAAGGAUUGGUAUAAGUGAAAAUAUCCGUUCAUCAUCUGGGCAUGGAAACUGCUGUCAGGGUACACCAUGUGCAUAUGUUCCAGACAAGUGCAGCUGUUGGGUAAAAAGAAACACCAUGAUCGAAAAUUCCAAUCUUCAACUUCAAGGAAGAAAUUCUGUCAGUGCUUUUGGAGAACCAUCACAAAUCGGAACUUCUAUACUAUCUGCUUCUGGUAAAAUUGGGGAAACGAUGAAGCCAAACUUAAAGAAAGUUGAAUUUAAUGCUUUUCAAUGGAAAGAUGUUCCAAGCAAAAUGUCAGGAAGGUGCCAUGUGCCAUGUAAAGACCAAAAGGCCAAGUUUUUAGAGGACACGAUUGAGGUCAAUGACCAAACUUCUGGUGUAGCUGAUCAACCUGUUCAGAAGGGUGAUUGCAUGAAGGAGCAGGUUAUGUCUAAUAUAUCAUCCAAAUGUUCUACCCCUGCUCUUACACAAGCAUCUGUAAAAAUCAGCAAUGGAGAUUCAUGCACUGAUGAUGCACACAACACUGGUUGUGCAAAGAACUUUGCUGUAGAUGAGGGUUCAGGGAUUCAAAAGAGCUCUGAUGAUGAUGAUGAUGAUGCACUUGAUAGUGGUGGCAACACUGGAUUUGAUGAUUCUGCUUGUAAAUUCAGUGUGAAAAACGGAACUCGUAGUCUCAUUGAUGAGCUUAGGGUCAUAGACUCUUUAAGAGUGAAGAAAGUACAUAAUGGACUCUCUAUGCAUGAAAACACCAGUUCAAUGAAAACAUUUGAGAAAGAUUUUGAAGCUGGAAAGAGAAAAAGAGAAAGGAAAUUCAAAAUUCUUGGCACAUCGUUUCCUGCAUCACCUGUUUCUUCACUAUCUACUGGAAGUUCUGGGCAAUCCUCCCAAUCUCUGGAAGAUGUACAUAAAAGUACAGAGGAACUUCUUCCACGUAAGAAGCCAAAAAGGAUUUAUGAUGAUUGCCUUGAAAUUCGUGAAGGAAAGAAGACAAGGUUGGAUUUUGAUUUUUCAAAAAGAAAGCCUUGUCAAAGAAUUAUUAGGCCAGUAGUAUGUGGGAGGUAUGGUCUCAUCUCAAAUGGUGACACAUCUAAACCAGCUAAGAUUUUUUCUCUUGGAAAGAUUCUUAAAACUUCCAAAAGAUGCGACCACCCUCCUGGAAACAAAAUUAUAAAGAAAUCACCAGAAAAGGUGUUGAAGAAAUCUAGAAUUAGAGAAGGAAAUAGGCGAUCAGGGAGAAUUUCUGGUUUCAAGGAGGAUAAAUACAACAUAGGUCAAGGAGCUGCAGUAGUCAGUGAUGAAGAUUCUAUGGAAACCUCAAAAGACACUGAUACAUCAUACGUUUUGAAGAAGGAAAAGGAGGGUAGAAAUGAAAGAAGCCAUGGUAUCCCAGAUAGUGAUUUGGGCACCAAAACAAGGAGGAAAGUUAAGGAGGUUCGCAAACGCAGCAUAUAUGAGUUAAUUACAAAUGGAAAGGAUGCUACAAUCUCAAAGGACAUAGCUUCUGUACCUCAAGAUAACUUGAAGUGUGACAACAGUAAUAAUCUCCAUGGAGUAGACAAUAUGUACAGAUCCCAUGAGGAGCCAACACACAAGUCAACUUCAGAUGUGGAUAAAUUCUGCAACGUUUGUGGAGGUUUAAACAAUGAUGAAAUCAAUUGCUUGUUGGAGUGCAACCGAUGCUCGAUUAAAGUGCAUCAGGCUUGUUAUGGGGUUUCAAAAGUUCCGAAAAGUUAUUGGUGUUGCAGACCAUGCAGGGAGAAUGACAGUAAUAUGGUUUGUGUUCUAUGUGGUUAUGAAGGUGGAGUCAUGACUCGGGCUAUCCAUACCACCAACAUUAUGAGAACUCUUCUGAAUGCAUGGAAUGUCAAUGUCAAUGUCAAUCCAGAAUCUCAGAAAAAACCAAUUAUGCCCUCCUCAAUGCUACUGAAUAGUGUAACAGCAGGGGUUUUUGACUCUUCUGUUAAGCAAUGGGUACAUAUGGUUUGUGGGCUUUGGACACCUGGCACACGAUGCCCAAAUGUUGACACCAUGAGUGCUUUUGAUGUAUCUGGUGCUUCCCAUCCCCAAGGAAAUGACAAUGUGGUUUGUUCAAUGUGUAAACGUGGUGGUGGUUGUUGCAUAAGGUGCAGAGUUGUUGACUGUGUGGUUGACUUCCAUCCCUGGUGUGCCCAUCAAAAGGGUUUACUGCAAAGUGAGGUUGAAGGAGCGGACAAUGAGAAGGUUGGUUUCUAUGGGAGAUGUGAAGUUCAUGCAGCAAACAACUACAAGACAAAUUCUGAGAGCGUAAGAGCUGAUGGAAAUGAAACAUGUGCUCGAACUGAGGGUUAUAAAGGACGAAAACGAGAAGGGUUUAGGCAUGAUAGUAAAGAGAGCGCUAGAUGUGUGGUUGGGCAAGAGCAGGUAGAUGCAUGGAAUCAUAUGAAUCAACAACUUUCAUUAAAAAAAGGGAUUCAAAGAGCAACACAAGCAGUUGAAGAUGUUGUAGAGUCUGAUCCCCGGAAAGAAUAUGGUCGAUAUAAACAGUCAAAGGGUUGGAAGCAUUUGGUUGUAUACAAAUCUGGCAUCCAUGCUCUUGGUCUUUACACAUCAAUGUUCAUUUCACAGAGCGAAAUGGUUGUUGAGUAUGUUGGUGAGAUAGUGGGGCUACGUGUGGCUGACAGAAGAGAAAGGGAGUAUGAAUCGGGAAAACAGCUGCAAUAUAAAAGUGCUUGCUACUUUUUCAGGAUUGAUAAAGAACAUAUAAUCGAUGCAACCCGUAAAGGGGGGAUUGCUCGCUUUGUAAACCAUUCAUGCCAGCCAAACUGUGUGGCAAAAGUGAUAACGGUGCGGGGUGAAAAGAAGGUAGUGUUCUUUGCAGAGAGGGAUAUAUAUCCAGGAGAAGAGAUAACAUAUGAUUAUCAUUUUAACAAUGAAGAUGAAGCUAAAAAGAUUUUGUGCUCUUGCAAUUCAAAUAACUGCAAGCGUUAUCUCAACUAAAAGGAAUAGUAUAUUAUUGUUAUUGUUAUUGUUAUUGUUGUACAAAUUUCUCAUUCUUGUGCCGGGCGGGCCCCAGUCAAAUGUAGUCUGUGUAUGUCUCUACAUGUACAGUUUAGUUUUUGGUGGCUGCUCUUUUGCUGUUACAUUUGUAGUUUGAGGAUGUUCAUGUUGUACUUGUAGGAAAAGAGAAAACCAGAAUC